AUGCCGCCACCACCACCUCCACCUCCUCCCCCAGGCGGCGGGCCUCCUCCUCCUCCUCCCCCUCCUGGCGGUGGACCUCCAAAAGCUGCUUCUGCUCCUCCAGCUCGCAACGCCCUCCUCUCCCAAAUCCAAAGUGGCACCAGACUCAAAAAGGCCGUUACCAACGACCGUUCUGCUCCUGCUGUCGUUGCCCCAAAGUCGAACGGCGGUGGAGCAGCGUUAGGGAGACCACCUCAAAUCGGAGGCGCAAGCAAUGGAGGCGGCAGUGCCGCAAGUGCUCCUAGUGCACCACAACUUGGAGGACUGUUUGCAGGAGGAAUGCCCAAGCUGAAGAGUCGAAGCGGCGGUCUGGACACUGGAGUUGACACUAGUGCAAACAGUAACGGCAGUACUCCUGCGAGAGGACUCCCAAAACCACCAGCAAUUGAAAGCCCAGCAAGGGCAACUCCCCCAGCACCAAAAGCAACCCCGCCCAGUGUGCCAGGAAGAACCCCGCCACCAAUGCGUCAGGCACCCAUGACCCCACCAUCAGGAGGAGGAGCGCCCAGUUUGCCCAAUCGAGGCUCACCUGCUAGAUCAGUCCCUGCUCCACCACCCGUCAAUGGAUCAUCCAAUACCUCGCCAGCUCGGGCCAUCCCAGCCCCUCCACCAACUCCUGGACGCACUGUUCCCGCUGUUCCUCCAACACCUGCACGUUCAUCAGCACCACCAGCACCACCAAGAAAGACAGGACCUCCUCCACCACCCACCAGGAUCAACGGAUCAUCGCCUGCUCCUCCAGCAACACCUUCUCGGCCAACACCAGGACUUCCUAAUCGUGCGCCACCUCAACAGCCUGCUCGAGCCUCACCAGCACCCCCAGCCGCCGCAUUGCCUUCGCCCAUUGUCACCGCUACCCCACCUAACAGGACUCGCCCUCCACCCACCGCUCCUGCUGCCACACCUCCAGCCCUUCCUGGCGUAGGAGCCAGACCUCGAUCUGGAUCAGCGCCACAGCGACCUCUUACUACUGCCGUCAAAGCUCCAGAACCACCAGCAACGGAAGGCAGAUGGACAUUCAGGACGGCGCCCGAUUUCCCAGCACCUCGACCGAAUCACAACCAGGGAUCAAAGGUGUAUCCCAGUGGCAACUCGACAGGAAGCUCUAUCCCUCUUGACUUGUCGACAUUAGCAGGAGUAGCAGCAGGAAGGGUGCCUCCUCCCCCGCCUCUCGGAGGCGGUGGCCGUUAUCGCUAA